AAAAUUCUGUCUUGCAAGUUCAUACUGCUUGCUUCUAUCUCUCCCAGGUGGGGAUCACUGAGGACCGAGGCCCUGGAGGUCCAAGGCUGGCCAAGUGGCCAUGCUGAAUACAGAAGGGCAGUAGAGAUCCCAGGCCUCCUCAGGGCCAGUGCAAAGUGGCCAGCAUACAAGGAGUCAUGGACAGCUUCAUGGAGUCGCUGAACAGGCUGAAGGAGGCCCAUGAGAAGGAGGUCCUCGGCCUGCAGAACAAGCUUCUAGAACUGAACUCAGAGCGGUGCCGAGAUGCACAGAGAGUAGAGGAGCUCUUUGCCAAGAAUCACCAGCUCCGGGAGCAGCAGAAGGCGCUGAAGGAGAACCUGAGGGUGUUGGAGAACAGGCUGCGGGCUGGCUUGUGCGAUCGAUGCAUGGUCACCCAGGAGCUGGCCAGGAAAAAGCAGCUGGAACUGGAAAGUGCACACCUGCAGAGCCUGCAGCAUCUCUGUAUCCUCACUAAUGAGAUGAAUGGGCUCAGGGAGGAAAACAAGAUCCUGAAGGAAGAAGUGAAGAAGCUUCGUAAUCUAGGAGACAAGACCACACUGCAGGCCUGGGAGGGCACCUCAGAGCCCCCAUCACCCUUGCCACUUCCCUCCCCCAGUAUCCGGAAGAGUGCCCCCGAGAAUCCCCCAGGAGGCCCAGAGGAGGCUGAGGAAGAGCAGCCGGGCACAGAUAAGUUGUCAAGCCACAAGACAUCCCCAGUGGCCAGAGUCUCCCCAGCUGCCAACCUGCCAGAGCCACGGACCCUGGACAUGACCCCUCAGUGCAUCUCCAACCAAUUGCACUCAACGGUAGCUGUGGUGCGGCCUGGCUCCAGGGCCUGCCCACCAGACAGUGGUACUGCCAAUGGGACACCCCCACCAUCAUCCAUGAGGAGCAGCCCGUCCAGCCCAACAUAUGAACAUGGCCUCCCUGUGGACAGCUUCUUACGGGCCUCCCGGCCGUCAGCCAUAGUCUAUGAAACCCUGAAACACUCCCUUCAGACUGACCGCCUCUGCCUUCUGAACCGCCACCUGUCUCUGCACCUGCAGAGCCCCCACAGCAGCCCCCUGGCUUCUGCUACAGCUCCCAAUAGCCCCCUGCCCCGGGUCCUGAAGGCUAGAGAGGCAGAGGCAUGGGAGGAGCCUGGUGCCCUGGUGGGCAUGCAGGACCCACGGCUGGAAGGAGCAUUGCACCUGCUUCUGGUCCAGCAGCAUCUGCGGGCACGGGCACGGGCAAGCACUGCCAGGUUGAAGGUCCCAUCCACUCCAGAAGAGAUGCCAUCUUCCCCACCAGCUGGCUCGGAUUCUGAGAGCUCUGAAAGUGAGGCCCCCAAGCCAGCUCUGAGCACAGAGGACCAGCCUGACAGGUGGCACCCUGGGUCCACAGGCCAAGGUAGCUCCCAGAGGAAGGAGACACAUGUAGCCACUCAAGACUGCCCUCCAGACACGCCUCUGGACCUCUCUGACCGAGGACGGUGUCGGGACAUCUCCAAGUCAACUGGCCAACCUUUGCCACUCAGCCCCACAGUUGUCCACACUCCUAGCCCCCACACUCCUGGCCCCCAGCUGCCCACCUUGUUCAGACCCCUGAUUCACAGCUCCCAGACUCUCAGCAAUGGCAGCACAGAGACCAGAGCUCAGGAGUCUGAAGAUUACUCUACUCCCAAGGAUACUUCACACCAUCUCUCAGGGAUCCAUAGGGGCCUGACCUCUCCUGGAAGGACUAUAGAGGAGACUGGAGGAAGACAAAGGCCAGGACCUCACCUGCAGAGGCUUGACACUGAUGGGACCACGGAGUCUAAGAAGAUCACAGCACAAAGGCCAGAGCUAGAGCAACUACAAGAGUCAGACACAUCAGACACCAAGGCGGGCCUGAUUUCUGAGUCAAGUGCAGAGCCAAGCACGCUAGGGGAGGGGCAUGCCGAAGACCAUCGACAGGGUCAGCAACAGAAGAGGAAGCGGGCCUCAGACCUGCAGGACAAAGCCCCCAAGAAGCCGUCCCAAGGGAAGAGGAAACCAAAGGAACCCCUGACACCGGCAGAAGGUCCCAGGAGCCCAAGGGACACGGAGGACUUCAGCCUCUCCCCCAUUAACAGCUGUCAGGAGUCCUAACUCGCCAGACUGAAGGACACUGCAUUUGCCCUGAGGUAGCUGUCACAGACUAUUGCUUGCAUAAGUCAAGCCACGCAACCUGAAGAUAACUCAGAACGAUCAAUGCACAUACGCUCCACCUAUAUCCAGAGGGGAUGGUGAGCCAUUCCUCCUCUCUGUUCUCUGGGCAGCUCCUCCCAUUUCCAACCCCGUAGAAAGAUGGCACUACACCUGGAUGCAGGGCAGGGAAUGGGGGAGCCCCAGCCUAGCUCUGCUUCUUUUCCUGGGCAACGCCCCCACCU